AUGCUGAAGCCAUUGAGCGAGAUCACCCGGUUCCACAGUUCCACAGGUGCCCACACCGACCAGCUUUGCAACAAUGCUAGGUCUCUAGUUGUGGAUUGCGGGUGCCUUGCCUAUGGACCGGCUAUGAGAAACUACGAUAGCAAGGGACCUGACGGUUGGCGAACGGUAGACUUAUUUCCUCCUUCAAAUCUCCAUCUCCAACAUCCCAACCUCAUUCGCGUUAACAUGCAGACAUUCAACUCAAACGUCGAUUCACCAUGGGUCUCAGCUGCCACUGAUGAGACACGGAAACCUCUUCAACAGCUGGACGUUAUUAUAGGCCAUGGCUUGGACCUUGGAACAGUCACCUCGAACGUCGAUUCACACAAGUCCGAUAUCGUUCAGUCCAAGACUUCCCACACAAGUCUUCCAUCGCUUAUUUCCCGCCUCCCGACUGAAAUUCUUUCGGAAAUCUUCCUUUACUGUCUUCCCGAAGACGAGCAUCUGCUAUAUGCAUCAAGACAGGCUCCUAUGCUGUUGACCAGAAUAUGUCGCCGAUGGAGGGAGAUUGCUGUGGGAUUGCCCAGGUUAUGGUGCAACCUGCAGGUGGAAUUCUGGUACGAAGACUGGAAGACGAGAGCCUCCAGCCACGAAGACUGGCAGACGAGAGCUUUGUGCUACGACUCCUGGCUCAAGCGAUCGGGAGGACGUCCCCUCUCAUUAAGACUCGAGUGUGGCAAUGACUGGAGCGAACUACAGAGCCUGCUCCAGCCAUACGUUCAGCAAGUCUCGUCUCUCUCACUUGGCUUUAUAUCCUGCCACGGCCCCUUCAUGAUAGAAAACUUCCAAGCACUCAAGGACCUGACCGUCCGCAAAUACAUGUUUGCUGAUAAUGCACGAGCUAUCAACCGCUCUCUCACAAAAUUACCGGUUAAUCUGCGCACGAUUAACAUGAAGAACGUGUGGUUCAACCGCCGGCUAUUAGAUUCUAUCGCUGAUUCCGCAUGGGCCGGUCUCACACAUCUCGAGAUCAGCGUGGACGGACGACACUCGGGCACCCGCAUACUCCGUCUAUGUCCUAAUCUUUCUUCGCUGAAGAUGACUGGAUUAUUUAACGAGAGUCAGACUGCAGAACCAGUCACGCACACCAAUCUUCAAUCCUUGUACCUAUCUUGGACCGUAGUUCGGAACUUGACCGGGGAUCCUGGCCUAUUCAAGGUUAUGACACUCCCAAACCUUCGGGUGCUUGAAGCUAGCCAUACGGGACCGUGGCCGCAUGAAUCUUUCAUGGAAUUCUUGACGCGGUCAAAAUGUACCUUGGAGAGGCUGGUUUUCGACAAUUCAGUGUGGACAACAGAAGAGGAACAUGCAGAAUAUACUACCCUUUUCCUUCCUUCGAAUAAUUGA